UCUCUCUCGCUUUCUGGUACAGUUGUAAUAGCUGUAACUGCAACCAUGGCUACGAGUUCCAUUUCAUCGUGUUCGUUUCGAUUGGUCACAAGCAGAAUCCCUCUUUCCCUCUACGACAAAUACCCACUCUUCAAAACCCCAACUUUUCUUCUAAAACCUCAAAAAUCCCCCUUCUCCUUCAAACUCAUCUCCUUCGAGAGACUUCCAACGAAGUCGUCAUCAUCAUCUUCUUCAUCCACCACUUCUCUCCAACCCAUUGAAGAGCUUCCUCCGAAGCUUCAAGAAAUCGUGAAGCUCUUCCAAUCAGUGCAGGAACCCAAGGCGAAGUACGAGCAACUGCUCUUCUACGGCAAGAACCUUAAACCUCUCGAUGCCAAGUUCAAGAGCAAGGACAACAAGGUCGAAGGUUGCGUUUCACAGGUUUGGGUCCGAGCCUACCUCGACAACGACAAGAAUGUUGUCUACGAAGCUGAUUCCGAUUCUGUCCUCACCAAGGGUCUCGCUGCCCUGCUCGUUCAGGGCUUUUCGGGUAGGCCUGUUUCCGAGAUCAUUCGAGUCACGCCCGAUUUUGUCACCCUUCUCGGGUUACAGCAGAGUUUAACUCCUUCUAGGAAUAAUGGGUUCUUGAAUAUGCUCAAAUUAAUGCAGAGAAAGGCUCUUAUGCUCUAUGUGGAAGCUGAAAAGGGUGCUGAAUUGAGCUCAAAUGAAAGCCCUGAAUCAAAAGCUGAUACCUUUGUUGAGAAUUCAAGUGGUGGACACAGUUCUGAAGUUGAUAAUGCUGUUACACCAUCAUCAUCACCUGGUUCAGAUGUUGGUUUGGGUUCUGAGGUGGAUAGGAAUGAGGAUGUUGAAUUGAGAGGGAGGGGGAAGAGGAUUAAGGAGAAGCUCGAGAAGGAGCUUAAACCUAUUGAGUUGCAAGUUGAAGAUGUGUCUUAUCAGCAUGCGGGGCAUGCUGGUGUUAGAGGCAGUGAUGGUGAGACCCAUUUCAAUGUUAAGGUGGUGUCUAAAGAGUUUGAAGGGAAGAGUUUAGUUAAGAGGCAUAGGCUUAUCUAUAGCCUACUGCAAGAGGAGAUGCAAUCUGGAUUACAUGCCUUGUCAAUUGUGGCAAAGACACCAUCUGAAGUUGGUGAAGGAUGAAUAUUCACUAGGCAGGAAGAGAGCAUUUUUCCAUGGAAGACUUGGGUACCCUUUUUGGCCAACAAUUUUGUUUACUAUUGACCUGUCGGAGAUAUGAGUCCGAAUAUGAAUCUUCCAAAGAUGGUUGCUGGUCUGCAAUAGAGAGUGGGCUUGUUAAUAGAAGGAAUGCUAAGAUAUGAUGAACAGAUCUGCCAUGUCCUGCUUGCUUUGUGCUAUUGCUGUCCGUUUAUU